AGUUGUUUAGUUGGUUGGAACGAACAGUGUGAGAGCUUGACAAUUCAGAAACUUUUCAAUAUUUUUACAAACUCUUAACUAACUUGAAGCUCAGUUUUAAAGCGGCAAUCGGUGACAGCAGUUGUUGUAAGCGGUUUAAAAAGGAAAACGAAAGAAGAAAAUAUAAAAAAACAAAAUAAAUAAAUAAAAAACUAAGUGUAAAUAAAGUGUGAAUAAAAUAAGAAUUAAAUAUACAAAAAAAAAUUCAAAGAAAUCGUGGAUUAAAAUUUAAUACAACAAAAGUUUUAUAAUAAAAUUAUUGUAGUUUAAGAAAAAAUUUUAAAGAAAUUUUAAACAAAAUUAUAAAAAAGUUAAUUAUUAAAAAUAAGAGCAAAGAAAACAAAACAAAAUAAAGUUAAAUUUUAACAAAAUUGUGUUACUAUACAGCAAAAAAAAAGUUUCCAAAAUACCACAAAAGAAAUACAUACAAAGUUUUAAAUCUCAAAUAAUUUCAUCGUAAAACAAUAUACUGCUGCUGCCAUUAAACAAACAAAAUUCUGCCUGGGUACUUCAAAUAUCAAAUAUGAUUACAAUAACAAUUUAAAUGUUAUAAUAAAAAGAAAAAUCUACAACUCAAUAGCUUUUUGUGAAAAUUGAGAUAGAUAGAUCGUCUUGAAAGUCACCAUGAAAUUUCUGAAAAUGUCAUUAAGUGUCAGUCAAAUAAAAGCCUUGCUGCGCAAGGACUUUUUGGUGCGAUGGCGUCAGAAGUGGUUGACUGCUGUACAGAUUUUAUGGCCCUGUAUUAUAUUCCUCUUACCCUACCUGAUACGUUUGAAAUACGAACCGGUUCAUCAUGAUUCCUGCCAAUUUCCCACACGACAGCUGCCGACUGCGCGUAACACAAUGCCGGGAUUUUUAUCGUACAUCUGUAGUAUUGAAAAUAAAUGCAGUAGCACGGAAAAUUAUGAAGAAUAUUCCAAAUUAGAAAAGGCACCCAUGAAACCGAUUAUUGAUAUCGUGCAAAUAUUCAUUAAUGAAGAUCGCAUGUUUACCGCUCUAGUCGAAUUGCCGGAAAAGGCAAACUUUAUAAGUGCCGUGACAACUUUAGUAACAAACAGUCACUUUGAUGAUAUAAGAAAAAAUAUUGAGAAAGUGAUAGCUUUAGUGCCUGAUGUGGAGAGAUCAUUGAAUGGCAGUUUCGAUAUAAAGAAAUUAUUUUCGGACCGCAAAACCUUUGUUAAGGCUGGCAAUUUAUUAUGUGGCCAUCCAUUUCCCAAUACCGAAACUAUUCCCUUGGUGGAAGACAUUUUAUAUAGCGAAGAUUUUAGUCAGGCCAAUCAAGAUGAGUUAAAUGUUAUGCCCACCAAUUAUUGUAAACGUUUAUAUUUGGAUGUGACUAGUUCGAAUUAUGGCAAAAUUACCUGGGAAACAAUUAAGCCUAUUAUACAUGGCAAGAUUUUAUAUGCACCCGAUACAGCUGAUACUAAUUCAAUUAUGAAAUUUUCCAAUUCAACCUUCGAAGAGCUUAAUCGUUUAAAAAUGCUAUCAGUGGCCUUGGAACAAAUUCUCACCAAACUACGCGAGGAUAAACCAUUUCAGGAUGGCUUCGAUAGUCUCAUCAGACUGGCUCAGACUCCAUUUGUACGUUCGAUCAUUGGUGAUGAAAUCGAUAUGGAUCAAAUUGAGGCCGUCAUACAACGAAUACGCACCGAUCCCAUUAUUUAUGAUGUCAUAACUACCAUUAAAAAUAUUCUCGAAUGCUUUUCAGUUGAUCGUUUUGAGGCCUACGAUUCGGAAGCCGAAUUAAGGCGUAAAGCUUUCGAACUUAAUCACAAAAGGCUAUUCUACGCUGCCAUCUACUUCAAUGAAACGGAGACAGAACAGGUUUCCUAUAAAUUCCACAUGGAUACCCAAAACACUCAGCCUACCAUAGAGAAUAGAAAUCGCUUUUGGUUCCCCGGUCCGGCGGGCAGCAUGUUAAUGGAUAUGAAAUACCAUAGAGGUUUUGUACAAAUCAAACAGUCCUUAGACUUGGGUAUUAUUAAGCAUAAAAAGGAGAAAUUGAAAAAGCAAGGUCUAAUCACAGAUGAACCGGUUUCGACCACACCUAGAAAUUCCUUCUCUAUAAAGGUGGUAACCGACGAAGAUGAAGUGGCCGAAGAUGAUGAAGAGGAUGAUGAUGAUUGGUUCACCGACUCGAAUACUACCGAAAAAUCAAAUUUGCCUCGGACUACUUCAAGUUUAAUCUCCAGCUUUAUAUCAGGCGGUUUAACCGAUCUUAAAGAUGGUGUGAAGCCCACCAAUCAAGUCAACCUAAAUGAUUUUUCCAUCACUACUGAGGAAAAUUUUAAUGAUUCCACUAUUACCUCAUUGCUGCUAGACGAUGCCAAAGUCACUACUUCCUAUCCAGAUUUAAAUGACAGUUCAGAAGAGGAUAAUUUAAAUCUGGAUAUCUUAAAAAGGCAAAAACGUCAAAGUUUAUUUGAUUUUUUGCUUGGUUUUGGUGAUGACUCGGAUGGUUCAUUAAAAUACGCUGUAGAUGAUUUGGAAUUUCAUACGAAACAAUUCCCGUAUCCAGCUUACACAGAGGAUGAUUUCAAAACUGGUAUCUAUUUGGCUCAAGCCAUACAAUGUGCUUUCUUUUUGGGUCUGGUGGCUGAAAUUGCCUCUUGUGUCAGACAUUUAAUAUGGAUGAGAGAAUCAAGAAAUUCCAUGAUCAUGCGCUCUAUGGGUUUAAAACCUUGUUCAGAGAUGACUUCCUGGUGUAUAGUUACAUUUUUGGAGUUACUUCUGAUAUUUGUUGGGUGCAGCAUUAUUUUAUAUGCCGGAGGUAUGGUGGCCCACACUAAAUGGUUGUUUGUUAUGAUAUAUCUCUGCAUCUUUGGAGCUUGUCUAAUAUCAUUCUGCUAUUUGUGCUCCACCUUCUUUAUGUCUGCCACCAUAGGAGCAGUGGCCACCGCUGUCCUGUUCUUCAUAACCUUCUGUCCCUACAUUAUAGUUUUGCUGUUUGAUGCUCAAUUGAGUUCCUUGCAAAAUUUUGCCAUCAAUUUAUCCUUUACCACUGCAUUCGCACAUGGCUGGAGCCAUAUAAUGCGCAUGGAAUUACAAGAAGUGGGUUUAAGUUUUGAGGCAGUAUUUCGAGAGGGUUUAAGUGGAGAAUAUGGCUUUGCUUUGUUUAUGAUUGUGCUGGAUUUAUGCAUUUAUACUUUUAUUGGUUAUGUGCAUCAAAGAUUUAAGGAUGAUGAAUAUCGUUUUACUGAAGUCCAAAGAGAAGACCUAGAUUCCAGUGUUGGUGCCACCUUGACGAAUGUUACAAAAACCUACAAUGAAGAUAAAAUUGCUGUCAGUGACAUUUCGCUAUCGUUCCCCAGAAAUCAAGUCACUUGUUUGCUGGGCCGUAAUGGUGCCGGAAAGAGUACGAUCAUAAAAAUGCUUACAGGUCAAGUAGUGCAAACCACUGGCCGUGUUAUUCUGUCUCAGGCUAUGUCUAACUCUACUAAAUACGAUAAAAUUGGUGUUUGUGCUCAGGACAAUAUUCUUAUACCAAAUCUUACGGCUCGCGAGCAUUUGGAAAUGUAUGCAAAAAUUAAGCUGAAAAAUGGUUACGAAGCGGAGGUUACUAAAACUUUAAAGAAUUUGAAUUUUGGAAAGCAUGAAAGUUAUCAGGCAUCAGAGCUAUCGGGUGGCUAUCAGAGAAGAUUGUGUGUGGCAAUUGCUUUUAUAGGAUCACCUAAUGUGGUAAUUUUAGAUGAACCUUGCAAUGGUGUGGACAAUAAGGCACGUAAAGAUAUUUGGGAUCUCAUAGAGAGACUACGUAAAGGAAGAGCUGUCAUAUUUGCCACACAUUUUCUAGAUGAAGCUGAGCAUCUCAGCGAUGUAAUAGUGAUCAUGAAAAACGGAAAAAUUAUAGCCAAACAUAAUCCGGAGACCUUGAAAAAUCAUUGUACCUCCUACUAUGAAGUCUACUUGAAUUGUUGUGACUCUCAGACCUACGAUGAAAUAAUGAAAAAGGCCGACAAACUUCUGACCAACUUUAGGGAACUGGAUAAAUCCACUACUACCGAUUUAAGGCUGCGGAUAUCGUAUGACCAACUAAAUGAAAAUUCAUCUGAAUAUUUGAAAUAUUUACAAGAUCUACAAAGUCAGGGUAAAAUUAAGGACUUGAGUGUAGAAACAGAGAAUUUGGAACAUGUUUUCAAGAAUUUGGAUAAAAACUGUAAUGGUAGUGUUAGAUUUAAUGGUCAUGCCAUAGAUAUGAUGAAGACUAUUAAAUUGAAGAAAGAUUUCGGUUGGGAUAUGGUCCGCGAAACACCGUUGACGAGAUGUGAGGCUAUGCGCCAAUUGUUCUGGAAACGCUUGGUGCAUUUUAGCCGCAAUUACCGCAUGUUGUUGUGUGUUAUAGUUUUACCCGCUCUUUUUGAGAUCUGUGCAAUGUGGUUUGUGGCUCAAAGAUUGGAAGAUGAUUUCGAUAAGACCAUACAAUUGUCGCGAGAUCUUUAUCCCAAGACUACUCAAAUGUUAAGUAUGGAGAAAUCUAUGGAUUUUACCCAAAAGGUUUAUGAAAAUAUGCAACAGGAUUGUUCAGCGGAAAUGCCUUGCAAGCAAUUUCAUAGCUCUGAAAGAUCAUUUUAUUGGAUUCUGGAGACUUUGAACGAUUAUCAGAGUAAACGUUAUGGUGGCUAUAGUUUUAAUGAAAGCAAAUCUAUAGUGUGGUACAAUAACAAGGGUUAUCAUGCAAUGGUGGCCUGGUUGAAUGACUUGAACUCGUAUCUGUUGCAAAUUGAAACCAAUAAUACGAAUUACAGAAUAACAGCUUAUAAUGAACCCUGGGAGUUGGGUUAUAUGGAGCUGAGUACCACGUCCAUUUUACGUCAAGCGGGCGACUCUUGCAUGGCUUUUAUUUUGUUGAUAGCCUUUUCCAUGGUGGUGGCUGUGGCCUCAGUGUAUCUAGUCAAUGAACGUGUCAAGGGUGAAAAGUUACAGCAGAAAUUGUGCGGUGUCGAUGCAGCCACCUAUUGGGGUGUGGCUUUCGUUUGGGACUUUUUGAUUAUGAUUUUGGCCGUUUUGGUGUGCAGUUCCAUUAUUUUGGCUUUUGAUAUGCCGGUAUUUACUGAUCGCCAACAGCUGUGGGGAGUUAUUGUUUUGGCCUUAUUCUUUGCUUUCGCUUGCAUACCGGCCGUUCAUGUCUUCGAAAAAUGUUUCUCCGAUUCAAGUGUGGCCAUUGUUACCAUAUUCAUCUUAAAUGUCAUCAUACCCCUAUUCACCAUGUCCAUUGUAGUGUUGCUGGGUGUUGUCGGCGACUCAGCGACCUGGGAUGAAUGGCGUUAUUUCCUCAAUCAUCGUUUGUUCUUAAUCUUCCCCCAGCAUGCUUUGGGAGACGGUCUACUCGAAAUAUGUAAAAAUUAUAUGGUGGCCUUGGUAUUUAAACGCUAUGACAUAGAUUCCUAUAAAAAUCCAGUAACUAGCGAUCUGCUAAAGCCCCACUAUAUCUCGCUAACCAUAUUGGGUAUAAUAUUUAUAUUGGUCAAUGUCUUGCUAGAAUCUGGUUUGCUGUAUAAGUGUAAGGAUAAAUUGAUGGAUCGUUUGGGCGUUUUCCAAGCCAAAGAAAAGAAACAUUUAGAGGAAUUGAAAAUUGUCUCGAUACAAAAUUCCCUAAAGAGAAAUGAUAAGUUGGACAGUACGCCCGCCUUAAAGGUGGAUAAUCUGUGUAAAUCAUAUGGCAAAACUCAAUAUGCUGUAUCGAAUGUAACAUUUUCGGUUAAUGCCGGCGAAUGUUUUGGUUUGUUGGGUAAAAAUGGUGCUGGUAAAUCGACCAUAUUUAAAAUGUUGUCGGGACAAUUGCAGCCCACUGUGGGUCAUCUUCAAUAUGAAAAUCCGGAAAUUUCCUAUUGCCCACAAACCAAUACUUUGGAUUCAUUACUUACCGUUAAAGAAUGCAUAGAAUUUUAUGGUCGUCUGAGGCGCAUUACCAACAUACCCAAGCUUGUUGCCAGCAUUUUAGAAUCGUUUCAACUGGAAUCGUAUCGUGAUGUUUUGGUGAAAAACCUAAGUGGUGGUAAUCGCCGUAAAUUAACCGUGGCCACUUCCUGCUGCGGCCGCACUUCAGUGGUGUUAAUGGAUGAACCCACCAGUGACAUGGAUCCGGUAACUAGAGCCAUUGUCUAUCGUACCAUUGAUGAUUUGUUGGCCGAGAAGAGAGCCAUUGUUUUGACCUCCCAUUCAAUAUCGGAAAUUGAUGAAAUAUGUCAUCGUAUUGCGGUAUUAAAAGAGGGACAAAUGUUAACCUGCAGCAGCCCAGAUAAUUUAAAGGCUCAAUAUGGUGGCUACUAUAAUGUUACAGUGUAUUGUGAUCAGGAUAAAAUAAGUAAUUUGGAGAAGGAAAUACGCCGCAAAUUUUUGGAUUGUAAAGAUUUACAACUUUAUGCUCAUUCCAUUAAAUUUAGCCUUAGAGUAGAGAAUCCUGUACAUAAUAGUGAUAAAGCUAAAGAGAACGGCAUUGACAUCACCGAAGAAUUGCAAAAUAAUCAGGAAACUAUAACAACCGAUACAACUACCUCAACGCCCCACAAUCUAACACUCUCCGAACUCUUCCAUGAACUACACGAUAUGUCGCAACAAAUUUCAGCCUCCAUACGUUACGCCGUGAAUAAAUGUAAAUUAGACGCUGUAUUCGAAAGAAUUAUCGAUAAAAGUGAUGAGAAAAUUAAGGCCAACGGUUACUCAGUACAGUCACCAGCCUUAGAUGGUACGGCCUCAACGGGCUACAUACACAAUGGUUAUAUAGAAACGGAAACCGUGACAUGAUAAAUAAAGUUUAGUGUUAGAAUAAUGAGGGAAUAAAAAACGCUAAAAUUAGGCUGUGCCUUAAUACAUUUACUAAUAGGUCAACAGAAAUAAAAUAAUUUCGCUAUUACGAGUAAAAUUUAUUUAAUAAGACCAUAAAUAAUUAUGUGUAUAAAAUGUCUCAAUAGAAAAUUAUGUUUUAAUUAAUUUCUUUCCAUUUUAAUUUAAAGAAAAAAAUGUCCAAUAUAUGUACAGCUUUAUUAAGAUUAAGUAAGCCACUAAGCCCCCAAGCUAUAAAUUGAAAGAAGUCGGAAAUGUAAAACUAGCUGUAAAACAAUUCAAAACUAUAGAUAAGGUAUCAAAAUUUUGAAAAAACUCUUUUUAUUAGAAUGUGGCUUAUUUUAUUAUAUCUUUAGUCAUUUUGUAUUAACGUUUCAUGGGUGUUUUCUUUAUGUCUUUAUUUUAUUAUUAUUUUUUUGUUUAUUUGUGUAAAUGUUUUUAGUAUUUAAAUUUUGUGUAAAAAGUUUUGUAAAUUUUUUUUGUUUGGUUAGGUUUUAUUUGUUCUUUUCCAAAUUAUUUUUUGUUUAAGAAGAGCUGAGCUUUUUCUGAACUUACUGUGUUAUUGUUUAUUGGGACACUAUUAUUAUAAACAUAUUUGUAUUGUAGGUAUUAUAUGACUUAAAUUUAAUUUAAACUCUUAAAAAUACUAUAGUAUACUUAACUGUUCUACAUUUUAAAUAAUAUAUAAUUUAUAAUUUAAUAAAAAAGACAAAUAUUUUAUUAAAACAAAGAUAGAA